AUGGCGCGCACCGGAUUGCAGAGACACAGAGGGAAGUUACUGGGCACGGGAGCGGUGCUGGGCGGGCUGGUUGUGGCGGGAGUGGUGGCCGCGGUGGCGGCGAAGCGAUGGGUGCGGCGGCAGCAGCAGCGGCUCAGCGAGCAGCAUUACGUGCGGGAGCAGAUCAAGCGGCGGUUCACGCAGACGCAGCAGGACGCGCUAUACACGAUGUACGAGCUGGUGCCGGUGCUGGCGCUUGUGCUGGGGAAGGAGCUCGACGUGGAGGAACUGGUGGAGACGCUGAAGGGGAAAAAACUGAAGCGGGCAGGGGAGGACGAUGAGCAGGGCUCUGGGGGGCACGCGAGCGCGGGCGAGGGCUCGGUGAGUUCGACGGUGGCGCGGAGCAAGGCGGAGCUGUGGCAGGAGCUGAAGAUGCGCAGCGCGGUGAAGCUGCUGGCAGUGGUGUACACGACCUGCAUGCUGCUGCUACUCACGCGGCUACAGCUGAACAUCCUGGCGCGGCGCGAGUACCUGGAGACUGCUAUCAGGGUGGCCAAGGGCGAGGAGGCCACGCGGCGGGAUGCGGCGGGAUGGCUGGGGGCGGUGUGGGAGUACGGCGCGGCCGCGCUGGGCGCGCUGGGGCCGCGGCCGGCGGUCACGGCGGUGGAGCCCGUCGACCAGCACGAGGAGACGCGGUACGUGAACGAGCAGGCGUUUCUGUCGCUGUCGUGGUGGCUGUUGAACCGCGGCUGGCUGCAGUUCAAGCCGCUGAUCGAGCGGCAAGUGGAGCAGCAGUUCGGGACGCUGUCGCCGCGCGACACGCUGUCGAUGGAGCAGUUCAGCGCACGGCUGUCGAACACGAUCCACGCGGUCAACCGAGAGCUGUUCGACAGCGACUCGCGUGCGCUUCUGCUGCGCGCGCUACUGCCGGACGCCACCGAGGAGCUGCACGUGCUGCAGCAAACGCUCGACGAGGGCUCACUGCGCGUGAUCGAGCGCGAUGACUCCAUGCUGCGCGAGCUGCUGCAGGAGACCUGCCGCUGCGCGGAGUCCACCGCGUCGCUCAUCGUUCUUGAGAGCCUUGUCAACGAGAGCUUCCAGUUCGUCAUGCAGCAGCUCGAGACGAAGGUGACUAAGAAGCUGCGCAAGCCCGCAACGGACGCGCCCGAGGCAGACGGCGCCGCGGAUGCGCCGUCGCAGAAGUUCCAAGUCGCGCUCUACUCCGUGGCGCUCAAGGACUGCUGCCAGGAGAUGCUCAAAAACGGACUUGUGUCCAUGAACAACGAGUAUCUGCAGGACCUCGACGCCGUGCCGGAGCUCGACGAUCUCAGCGCGAGCGUGUACAGCAACUUCGGUGUCUAA